AUUGCUAGGAAUCACCUCAUCCGACAUGCUUCCCUUGCUGAUUGAUUGCUCCUAAAUUAGGCGGCCGCACCGCUUGGUCCAGUCGAGUAACUGUCCACGGCCGUACCCUCUCCGCACGAUUCUGGUACGACGGCAAGAACCUCAACAAUGCGAAAGAAGACGCCGCCGAAAUGGCUCUCAACUACCUGACCGGUUCGAAUCCCAGCUCGCCAGCCAACAGCAGAGGCAGCUGGUAAAGAAGACAACGAAACGAAAGACGGAUACAGACGUGCAAAGAUACCCGCAACUUGCAGCGAAAACAUCCAUUCGAGCAUCAUCGUCUAGCGUCACACUUUUUUGUCUCUUUUGAUUUCUUUCAACGCACUUUUCUUGCUGUUACUUUUCCUGGGCUUUUGUUUCGGAUGUUCAACUGUACGAAUACACACCUGGAGUUGAGUUUGGGAGACAUCGGCCAAAUGCCACACGGCACAAGGGGACAUCACGGAACAUCGGCGUACGAAUACAUUUCUACCUACGGUCAAUUGGGAGGCUCCGAAAAGGAAGAUGGUGUUGAGCUGGGCGAGGAGAAAUGGCGCAAAAGAAACAUUCGUUUCUCACCACGUCAAUCCACAGGGGGGCGGUGGGAGGGGCACGCGGCGGCGUGUCUUGCUUCUCUCUGUACUCCUCACACGUGUGGAACAGGGACGGGAGCUGAAAGAAGGAAUUCCAAAACGAGACAGAACCUUGGCGAAACAGCGCCGGCAGGACAGUUGACGGGGUCACGAGGGACUCUUUCUCAUUUAAUUCCUUGUUGUUUUGGGCGGCGUUGCGAAGCCGGGCCCAGGUUGGUAAUUGGGUUGCAGUUUGGACAUUUUUGCCCUUUUUUUUGUUUUUCUUUAUGGAGCGGCGUUAAUGACGGGAAAAGCAACCACCAGCGCAAGGGAUGCUGUCGUGGCAUAGCUAGGUAGAAAAGGGAUUUACGUUGAACGGAGCUGGUUCCUCUCGCGAAGUUUCCAAAAGAGAUGAGGACCAACAAGACGAGACUUCCUUUUUCCUGUCG